AUGCGCGUCUCCGUCUCUCUCCUCACUUUCGCCCUGGGCCUGGCCUCGGCCGGCUCUACCAAGGUCGGCAGAGGGCGAACUUGCGGUACCGUGCCAACGGCGGAAUUCAUGUUCAUCACGGCUGAUUUUGCUGCGCAGGAGGCAAAGGAUGGGUUUACCGCCUCUAACGCGAUGGUCACGAUCGACACUUAUGUCCAUGUUGUUUCGUCUGGCAGCAGCCCUGCCCAAGGCAACGUCCCCGAUCGAAUGGUCCAAGAUCAAAUUAGAGUUAUGAACUCUGACUAUGCUCCUCAUGGGUUCCAGUUCAGACUGGUGGACACCACCAGAACCGUCAAUGCCAACUGGGCUAGAGAUGGAAACGAAAUGGCGAUGAAGCGUGCUCUCCGUAAGGGAGGCUACAACACCCUGAAUCUUUACUUACUUCCAGCUCUUGGACAGCUCCUCGGCUACUGCUAUUUCCCCACAAGGGCACAGCCAGGAACGGAGACUUUCAUUCGUGACGGAUGCACCAUUGUCUCCACAAGUCUUCCCGGCGGUAGCAAUGCGCCAUACAAUCUUGGCAAGACUUCCACACACGAAGUCGGCCACUGGAUGGGUCUUCUUCACACUUUCGAAGGUGGCUGCAGUGGUUCCGGUGAUGGUGUUGCAGACACCCCAGCCCAACGAAGCGCUAGCUCCGGCUGUCCCACGGGCCGCGACUCUUGCCCUGGCGGUGGCCCCGACCCAAUCCACAACUACAUGGAUUACUCUGACGACCGCUGCAUGACCGAGUUCACCCGUGGCCAGGGUGCUCGUAUGCAAAACAUGUGGAACCAGUUCCGUGGAAGAUAA